AUGGAAGAAGUUUUACCGCUCAGAUUUAGGAUCCCCAAUCUACCCCAAUUCGAUGGAACCGGAGAUCCCUGGAGUCACUUAAACAAUUUAUUCGCUAAGAUUGACCUUUAUGGCCUCAGCGACGCCACCUACUGUAAAAUUUUCCAAACUACAUUGACUGAUCAAGCACAAACUUGGUUCAACGGUCUGCCUGGAGGACCCCUGGAUGAUCUGAACCAACUAUCAGAACGGUUCCUUAGCCAAUAUUCCAUCAACAAGAGAUACGCCAAAACUGGAUCAUACCUCUUCAAAGUCAAACAACGCGAAGGAGAAUCCCUAAGAGAUAAUGUACAACGGUUCGUCAAAGCUGCCAACGAGGUGCCGAAUGUUAACCAGGACCUCCUAGCCGACAUACUGCAUCAUAAUUCGAAGCAUGUUCGCUUACAAGAAUCCAUUGCAGGCCGACCCUCACAAACCCUGGCCGAAAUUCUGAACCGAGCCGAGAAAUAUAUCCGGGUAGAAGAGGCCGUGGAGAUGGGGCUCCCUGUGAAGAGGAAACGCGAAGAAGAACGCCAUGAGACAAUAAGGAAAGAAGAAGGACGCUCGAACCACGCCCCUACAUACCCAAAGUUCACUCCCCUAAAAGCAAAACUCAUGGAAGUGUGGAUGGUGGUGGAACAGAAAGGUAUAAUCCAACCCCUCCGAGAGAUGAAAGAAAAGUCGAAAAGGUGA